CGAUUCUAAGCUAUCCAAUUGAAGCCCAAUCAAGUGAAGUCAGGACUUGCUUUGAAUGUUACCCAAAUGACGUAUUUUGACGUCGACGUUGUACUUCCGGUGUCAUGUCAACUUUCUAAUUGUACCGCAUGGCUUGUCUACAACUAGUUUUGCGAGAUAAACAUGGCUGAAACUGUACAGGAGAAAAGCCGUGGAAUGAAAUUUGCUGAACAACAGCUACUGCGUCAUGGCUGGGAACAAGGUAAAGGUCUAGGUCGAGAGGAGAAUGGUAUAUCAGAAGCAAUCAAAGUCAAAGUGAAAUGUGAUAAGAGUGGGGUGGGACAUUGCCACAGCGAGCAGUUCACCUUCCACUGGUGGGACCAUGUAUUCAACAAAGCCUCGUCCAGUCUGGAGGUGGAGUCGGACCAGAAUGGUGUGAAGAUGAAGAAGAUCGAGGAGGAAGAUGAGGAAGGUUUGAUCUCCAACAAAAAGCCAAGAAAAGCAUUGCUGGCCAAAGCCAAAUUAUAUGGACGCUUUGUCAAGUCGGCCACUCUACUAUCAGGACAAGAACACUCAGAGAAAAAGUCCUCCAGUUCAGAUGACAGCAGCAGCUCUGACGAUGAAGACCAGAGACUAGACCUCUCCAGCACCACCAAGUUAUCGGACGCUGAUCUCUUGAAGGCUUGUGGUGGGCUCACCGCUCACAAAGGAGCCAGACAUGGCCUAACCAUGAGUGCCAAGCUAGCAAGACUGGAACAGCAGGAGCAAGAGUUCAUGUUAAAAUACGGCAAGAAGAACCAACCAACACCCACCGCUACAGAACCUGUAACCCCAGAUGUGGUGGAGGAACCAGCUAAGGAGCCCCAUCGUAAAAAGGCUAAAAGAAAGGAGGGGAAGGACAAUAAAGAUCAAAUAACGACCGAUGAUAUUGUCACUGAAAGUACUAAUCUUGAAAUGAGGUUGAAAAAGAACAAAAAGAAAAGUUUGAACAGUGACAGUGAAGGGUUGAUGGACAUUAGCACGUCAAUUCAAUCAAAGCCUACUCCCAUAGAAAAUGAAAUUGAAGCUCAGACAACUAAGAAGAAACGUUCAAAGAAAAGAAAGGUUACGGAGGGGAAUAGCGACACUUUGAACAAAUUAGGAAACGACACCUCUGUCACCCCUCAAGUGACCAAUACUGCAGAAGAGGCCGAAGAGGCUUCUAUCCAGAAAAUAGAAGACAGUCACACCCAGCACCAGACGGAUGCAGAGACUAACACCAAACAGAAGAAAAAGAAGAAGAAAAAAAAGUCCUCCAAGAGCACAGGGGAGAUUGCAGUGGUUGAGGAGAGUAAUGACUGGGAAGCCUCCCGAACCAGAACUGUUGAGGUUUUACCAAAAAAAAAAAAAGGAAGAGGGACACUGUAAUAGAAGUGGAUAGUUCUAAUAACCCUGAACCAAUAGAGGAUGAGAUUAAGAGGAAAAAGAAAAGAUGCAAGGAAGAGAAAAUCAUUGAGGACACAGAUCUUGUGCAAACACCUCUUAAAGGGAAGAAAAAGAGAAAAUAACUGAACAUGGAACUAAAUUGAUGAAGUUAACAAUGAACCUGGAAAUGACCUGAAACCACAUAGAAAGACUUAGUUCCCUCUUGUGUGCAGACCGUUGGCCUGUUAGGUCACAACAAAGAAACAACUAGCAGAUUAUGUCAUGUCUCACCUGAGCAGUAUCCUGUAAAUGUAAUUUAUUUUUACAGGUAAAGUUUUACCAUCAUAUUUAUUGUAAUGCACUUGUUAGCAGACAAAGAUGGGCAAAAGUUUGUAAACAUUUUUAACAUUUUAAACAUGAGCUUGUUACUUUUUUGUGUUUGGUUUAUGUACCUUUACAGCUUCUAGUGCAUUAUCAAGUAAUAUCAUAAAUGUCCAUUGCAUUAUAAAUUGUUUGCCUUCUCUUUUUUAUUUAAGUAUUAAUUUAUUGCAAUUCAUGACAAUUAUCAGUUUACUUGAAGCUGUGUCCCUGAAGUUGAUACACAUUUUUUCCAUUUAAAUGUGUCAAUGAGGGUAUUAGACAGCAUACACCUUAAGAUGAGACUUGUUAUAUGUAUGGAUCACUUAAGUAGUUUUCUUUUCUGGUGACAAAUAUUCCAGGACAUUUGUAGUCAGUAUUUACAAUAGGAUUAUGUUUGACCCCUCCACUCCUAUAAAUAUCCGACAGUGAUACAACAUCCCAAUGAUAGAUUUAGAUACUUUAAUUGAUAAUGUGGGAGAGAAGAGAAGGGUUUAAAUACUUAUUAAACAGUUAACUGUACAAUUCUCUGGAACAUAGCCUGAAUGAAUAAAUGUAACGUGUUAAAUUGA